AUGUUCCUCCACUAUGCCCUUCGUCGACCAGUACUAAUUCGCUGUACGCGCCGCGCAUACGCGUCAGCACCACCAAGUCAGAAACAGGAACCUACCACAGGUACAACCAAAGCUUCGGAAGCUCCUGCCAAAUCAUCAUGCAUUCCGAACACUGUAAUUGACGGGGUAAACUACCUCAAAGGGCAAGAGCCGGUUAUUGCCAAGCCUGAUGACGAGUAUCCGGCCUGGCUGUGGACGAUACUGGCACCCAAGGUGUAUCCAGACGAUGGACCUGGGGGAAAGGCAGAGAGGGUACAAAGGAGACGCGAAAACAAACAACGAAUAAAAGACCAAAAUUUCAUGAAGACGCAGUAG